AUGUUACACGUUGUCUUUAUUCAUUUGGUCCUCUUAUACGCUUGCCCAGUCAACGCUGUACGACGAACUUCCUUACGUGAUAUUAGGGGGGACGCUGGAAAUAGACAUGAUAUACUUGUCUUUCUCAACGGCCAAACGCCGCUCUACCAAGGGACACGCAACCGCGACACUCAGCAGCAAUACCACGUCGCAACAACACCCAAAAUAACACAUUCUGGAAACUAUGUACGACACGCUACAGCAAAAUGGCACGAAGAAUUGACAAUUAUGAAACAAUGUGGUCGUACCUACAAUGCUGUACACGCUGUUGGACGCGACAGCCACCCGCCACUAACACAGGUGCCAAACAACACCCAACCCAUGAUGAUUAAAACAUCCACACUCAACAUACAGUUCUUACAUGAUUGGAUCAAACGUAAGAAAGAACUAAUUAGGAAUGCUAUCACAGCACUGGAAUAUCCAAUAACAAAACCGGGGUCGUACCUCGCAAAGAUUUGCAGACACUCCAUGAUCAAUGCAGAACAAUGCGUCAGGCUUCUCGCAAAACAAAUACACACAUGGUACAUCGAAGCAUGCAACUUGGAGAUCAAUAACAUAUUUAGCAUAGGAAGUGAUCCACUUUUUAAUAUCAUAAGACUAAUAGGGGUCACAUAUGCUAUAGAUUGGUGGACGGGAGCCUCGCUAAUCAAGGCACGAUUUGAAUUAAACCCGCAAGAUGUAUUCGUAAAAGGACAGUAUUACAGGCUUGUUACUUCAUUAUUCUUACAUAACGGUCUUGUACACCUGUUACAAAACGUAAGAUCACUCUGGGGUAUUGGAUCCGAGGCCACAGCACUACUCGGACCAACACGGACGCUUAUAGUAUACUUUGCUUCAGGGAUACUGGCCAAUUACAUCAGCUAUGUAUACAACUUCGCAUAUAAAAAUGGAAUACCAGCCCACCUAUUCAACGUCACACAGGCAACGGUACACGGAAUAGGACAGACGAGCAGUUCCACAGCGAGUAUCGUGGAGAAGGUCAUAGACCGCAUUAGAAGCAGGCAACAUUACACAGCGUUCCCAGUAUUCCUCAUAUGGUAUGCAAACGACACGAUGUUUCACAUAAUCGACAACACGGUAAGAACCAUGAUGCCGUUCUUUCAAAAACAAAGACAACACCCGAACAACCCAGAUGUCAAUACAGCUAUACAGGGAUACAUCAAGCGAAAAGUCGCUAGACAGAAAUCAUGUGGCGCAUCAGCAGCAAUAUACGGACUCAUGGGAGCUGUCUGUGCCUACUAUAUACGAUUUGGGGACAAGGAAGAGAAAAGGCGGAUUGUAGAAAUCGUCACAACCUCAAUGGCACAGAACCUUGUCGCGCUUUGGGGCGCAAAUGUCGAUCACGUAUCACACUUGAUAGGGUUUCUAACCGGGCUGGGACUCACGUUCACGUUCUAG